GUGUAACAUUCCCUGUUUUAUGUGCUGAAAAUACGAACACAUGUGAUUCUGUUAUUCUGUGACUGAAUAUUUCAGUGUCUGCUCUUCAACACCGACUUUUAGCCGCUGAUCUGAUCAGAUACAGACUCUGCUUCAAAAAGACAAACAGCCACUUCCGUCUUUCUUUCAAGCUGGCGAAGGAACCUGAAAGCUGCCUUUUAUAAUGUCACAGGCCACUAAACGCAAACACGUCGUCAAGGAGGUUCUUGGAGACUUUGUCACACCCACAGAAAACCAGCAGAUUGUGAAGGUAACUGGGAGCCGUGGUAACAACCUUCAUGAUGUUGUCACAGCUCAGGGUGAGACCUUCUUGGUGAGCAUGCCCACCAAGUUCCGCAAGAACAUCUGGAUCAAGAGAGGUGACUAUGUGAUUGUGGAUCCUAUUGAGGAAGGAGAGAAGGUGAAGGCAGAGAUCAGCUUUAUUCUCUACAAGGAUCACAUUCAGUACCUACAAAAACAGAACCUCUGGCCGGAGGGCUUUAUGGAGGAGCAGUCAACGCAGGACAGGAUGAAGAAACGGCUGGAAAAGGACGAGGAGACGCCGGAGAAAGACGAGGAAGAGGAUGUUAGCGACUCUGAAGAUGACGACAGUGACCUCUUUGUAAACACUAACCGCUGUAACUACCAGUACAGCGAUUGUGAGGAGGACGAGGAUGACAGCGAAGAGGACGGGGAUGGGGACGGGGACAAAGAGCAAAGGACGGAGAAUGGCUCAUAGAAGCAGCAGUGAGGACACGGACAAUCAGCAGCUGUGAAAAAGAUGUGAUGGCGUCCUCUGCUGUGCUGCUGUCGUCACUGACUGAUGCCACGAUGAUUUAAAAUAAUGGCCGUCAUGCAACAGCGUCCUCCGCAGUUCUUGUUCUGAAUGGCUGGGCUCAUUCAACGGACAUAAUUCUUGCUUGUAAAAUAAAAAUCUGUGACAUUAAAAUAGGGUUACAGUGAGACCAUUAUACAAAGAGCACGCAGUAUAGUUGUAGGGUAAUCUAAAUCUAUUCAACCUGUUCCGUAGGACAAAAUACAUUUGAUAGGAACUCAAAAAUUGUAUCACUCGUGUUAUUUUGGCUGCUGAGGAAAAUGUCUUGUUGGUGCUGGAUAUGGUUCUAACAAGCUGCACCAUUACCGACCACAUUACAGUAAUAACUGUAUCCACUUGAGUUUUAUUUACUCUCACCCAGCAGCUGAGUUUGAUUUGUGAAAUGAUGAAAAACUUUGGAAAUGAAAUAAAUCCCGGGCAGAAUAUGCUCAUCACACAGACUCUUGUGGGCUUCGAUAUUUAAUCUCAAAUGUCUUUUAUUAUUUCACAGUCAAACAGCCGUCUGCUUUGGAUGGAAACAGUUGUGCAGACGUCAUACGGGCAUGGCCGUGGGAACAACUGUACUAAAUGUGCAUUCUCAGAAGAUUACACCAUGAACACUGGACAGAAAACUGCUACUUCAAGCAGAACCAGUCCCACACCUUUUUGGAUAACACUCACUGAGGUAUGAGAGGAAACUUUGGCACGAGUCAUGUGAUGCCAAACAAAAUACAGAGAUGAAUCCUGUCAGCUCACUGAUUUUAAACACUGCACGAAUCUAUUCACAGAUAUGAGCGUGACACACAUCAAUUAUAAGAUUUA